GCAUGCAACCCAGCAGGAGACUAAUAAAACUAUCACGACUAGCACCAAAGCCAUCAAGCAGCUGUCUGAGGUUGUCAGAGGCUCAUCCAGGGUACGUCAAGAGCGACUUCAGCUGGACAGGCUGAAGAACCAGCUCUCAGAUGCCAUCCAGAGAUACGGAGCUGUGCAGAAGAAAAUAGCAGAGAAAUCCAAAGCUUUGCUUCCUACUGGGCAGAGAAGUACCAAACAGCAGAGCCCUAGGACCCCCUUCUCUGACCUACCUGAUGAUGAGAAGAUCUUUAACGGAGGAGAUGGCACGUGGCAGAACCAGAGCCAGGAUCAAGCCUUGCUCUCGGAAAUUACAGAAGAGGAUCUGGAGGCCAUCCGCCAGCGGGAAGAGGCCAUUCAACAGAUUGAG